AUGAAUCACCACAUACUCGUCCUCCUUGUCUUGCUCCCAGCUCUGGCUUUGACUCAAGCCAAGAAGGACCUUAUGGUUUCAAUCGUGGAUAGGUAUAGUUUUUGCCUCAUUGUUCCCAAGGACCCUCACACCAACAUUGGAGAUUCAGAAUAUCCUGGUGGAAUGUCACUCUGGUGUGAAGGUAUAAAUCGCGGACAAGGAAAAUUCAAUAAGUUUUGGCGCCAAGUUGAAGUUUCAAGACCCAGGGACGGUGUGUUACAGAUGACUGGUUGCUUCAAUCUCUGGAGCUCAGAUAGGUUCAAUUCCGGUGAUGGUGGCGGACAAUACGACUCUGACGGUGGUGACGGCGGAAACGGAAACCCAGCUGGAAGUGUGUGUAAACAAUACCAACACUAUGUGCAACUUAUCGAGCCAAAUUCUCAAAGGGCUUGUCUCCGGUGCUGCAGGGACAAGAAUGAUUGCAAUGUCUCACGAGACACCUCUGGGUGUCCAAGUGUGAUACCUGGUAACUAUUUUACGUGCAACUAAAUGGACAUUCGGCUAUCGUUUUCUCGGUCUUGCUUUUCUUCCUCUAUCUGUAUUUUUAUAAUCUUAUGAUGGACAAUUUUCUUCGAUACGUGACAUUAUUUUUGUGUUUCGAAUGAUUUGGGUUUUCCCCUGCAUUUGUGUUG